AUGGCCACCACGCAAAACAACCAACGCUGUUGUCACUGUCACUACAGGUCAAGCAGCGCCCCUCCUUUCUCGUCGAGAGGAGAGGAAGAGCACGAGCGCGUCGCCAUCACAAUUACAACUCGCGACCUCGAGACCACCAUCUUCGACGAACAUCGUCGCCGCAAAGAACUCCUCGCCCUCAGAGACGCGUUCUCGGACUUCUCAAGCAACUUCAGCAAGCGCGCGCUGCACUUCCAAAGCGUCCGUCAGAACCCUACUCUCCGGGGCUUCUUCGAUACAACGCGGGACUUCGACCAGGAGCUCUUGGACCUCAAGUUCCAACUCGCGGGGCCCAAUCGGAUAUACUUCCUACCGGAGGAAGACGCGGAGAACGCGAUACGCUGCAUCCGCCGGACGACCGCUGUGCUUCUAAGCGCUCGCUGGCAGAUCUGGAGAUAUGUCGAGCUCUCGGCGGUUCAUGCUGGUCGUGAGGCUGGUGAUCCCCUGGUGUGGAGUGCGUCGCUGAAGAAGUACGUUUGCCCUGGGAAGAUAACUGCCGAGCUGGAAUGUCAAAUGUGCUUUGACAAGGCCCGCCCGUGGCUCGAACGUCUUCUUGGAGAGCUGAGAAGGGAGGUUCCGCGCAUGAGGUGGAUUGUAGGCCAGCUCGAAGGCCGUAGGGAGCCCUCUUUCAUAAGGGACUUGAAGGAGGCUGGUCCUCACAGCAAGGCCCCGAAGACCUCGGCUUUGCUACCGUUCCUUAGCUUCGGUACCCGGUCGGGAAACCAUCAAUACGAGAUGUCAGGCGGUCUAUCGACCGACAAAGCUCGCAUGACUCCAACCUGGAUCAACAACAUGAUGGUGCGGCUCGAAGGGCGUAUCGUCAACGACCCCGCGGAAGUCGACUUCAGCGCUAUCCUAGUCCGCAUUCGGUACCGAGAACUCAAGGCCCGGGAGAAACUGCAGGGUGGUGAGAAUCUGGAAGCGAUGAGGGAUGCGUGGGUGGCGUUCCGAGAUGAUCUGGAUAAGAGGACGGGGGCACCAUCGACGGAUCUGAUUCUUUUGCGGCAUAAGGUCAUUACGGAGAUGAUACUUUCGGAGCGCAGGCUGCAGCAGGCGCGGGAGCAGGAAGGUGGUGCAUCUGGGGAGGAUGGAGGAGCCCAAGUGGUUUAAGGACCUAAC